CUUGUUGCAAAUUUCGAUUAUUAGCAGACGAAGAGGACAUAUUCUAAAUAUGCACAAAUCACCCAUCUUCAUUUCUCGAUAUUACAAGACCAAAUCAAAGCCGAUGCUAGGUUUACCCUUUUCUUUCGCUCUUCCUGAUCUUACUUUCAAUCUCGAAACAGUUUCAUAUCAUGAAUGGCGAACAUAUAGCUUCUGGCUCGGCAUUCCAACUCAUGCCGACUAA